CAAAUUAAUUAUUAGUUCACACAAUUCAAUCUAAACCAUAUGGAUUUUGGGUAGAAUUCCUUGAGUUUCAGAUUAUAUAUAUACAUAUUAACUCAUAUUCAUCUAAUCUGCCAACGUGAACUUAAUUUAACAGUAAAUGACAUAAUCUUUUUCUUUAAAAAUCAAAAGUUUGAUCUUCCAUCAGUUUGUGUACUUCAGAAGAAUACUCCUCUACCCUCAUCUUCUAUUGUCGAUCUCCUAGAAAUGGACAAAGUAGUAAUUUCACCUCCCAUUGAUUAUACUCAAGACUCCAAUUACAACUCUCCACAUUCUUCAUCUUCUUCUUCCCUUCUUCCAUUUUCAUACAACACAACCCCAAGUAACCAUUAUAAAAACCAUUGACUCUUCACAAAUCAAAACAACCAGAAAAGAAGAACAAGAAAAAAAAAAAGACAUUAUUAUUAUUAUUGUCAGUAUCACCCACCAGCAUGAGAGCCAGCAACCACUUAAUUGGCCUCCUAAACUUCAUAACCUUCCUCCUCUCCCUCCCCAUCAUCGGCGGGGGCGUGUGGCUGAGCAGCCGCGCCAACACCACCGAUUGUCUCAAGUUCCUCCAGUGGCCUCUCAUCGGCAUCGGUGUCGCCAUCAUGGUCGUCUCUCUCGCUGGCUUCGGUGGCGCCUGCUACCGCAACACUUUCCUUAUGUGGUUCUACCUCUUUGUCAUGUUCUUCGUCAUCGGCGCCCUUGUCGGCUUCAUCAUUUUCGCUUACGCCGUCACCGAGAGAGGCUCUGGCCGCCCUCUCCCCAAUCGAAACUAUUUCGAUUACUAUUUACAGGACUAUUCCGGGUGGCUCAGGGAUCGUGUGGCGGAUGAUACCUACUGGGCUAAGAUUAGUUCAUGUGUUAGAGACUCCAAAGCUUGCCAGAAAAUUGCUAGAACCGUCUCCGGCGUGCCGGAGACCGUCGAUAUGUUUUACCUUAGACAUCUCACUCCUGUUGAGUCUGGUUGCUGCAAGCCUCCCACAGUAUGUGGGUAUGUCUAUGUGAAUGAGACAAUGUGGGAUUUUGGAGGAGGACUAGUAGGGGCUGAGCCUGAUUGUGGAAGGUGGAGCAAUGACCAAGGCCAACUUUGCUAUGCUUGUGACUCUUGCAAAGCUGGGGUUCUAGCUAGUCUCAAGAAGAGUUGGAGGAAGGUCUCGGUCAUUAACAUCAUCGUCUUGAUCAUUCUCGUCAUCUCUUACGUUGUUGGCUAUGCAGCCUUUCGAAAUAAUCGUCGAAUCGACAAUGACGAACCUGCCAGUACUGCUCGCAUGACCAAAUCGAAACCGAGCUGGUUUAACAUUUGAUCAACGAUUUAUUAGACAUCAAAAAAUAAAAUGCAUAAUAUACUUUUAUUGUGAUAUGGAACUUGUGUGCUUGAUUUGUUUGAACCCAACAUGUGUAUAGAAAUUAAACAUUUAUAUAUAUAUAUAUCAUGUUAAUUAUUUCUAGGUUAUGGUAUGUAGUUUGAGAUGGUUUG